CAAUAAAAUGGCGUCCGGUUUUUUGUGUGUGCGAUAGAAUAAUAAUUUUCAUGAUACGACCAAAUGUAAUUGAUAAUUUUAGUUUUAACGUUUUUUACGGAUAGUAAUUAUGAACUCAAACUUAAGCUAUGUGUAUAAAAGUUAGUUUUACGUGUUUAUAAACUCCGAUUACGUGCGUGUCCAUGUAGUGUCUAGCGUCCUGUGCCGCCUUUUUCAUUAGGCUGAUGAGUUUAAUUUGCGGCCCAAAGUGAAAAGAUUUAUGGAAAUGCCCCAGAAUCUUAAUAUAAAUUCGUAGUGCUUUGUACAAAGUUAGUUGAAGUUCCUUGUUUCGGCGGUUGUGGGAUUCAUGAGUGCGUUGUGCGUUAGUAGUUGUGAUUGUGUGAAAGCGUAUGUAUAUGCACGUAAUGGCAAAAUCUGUCAUGAGUAGUUUCUGUGUGUUUACCAGUGUUUACUAUCGGUCUAGAUGUGUGCUAGUCGGUUAACUUUUUUGAAAUAGUUUUAAAAAACAUCGUGAAAAUGUGUAUGCCAACGCCGAGCAAUGUCUCGGGCUUCGGGUACUCGUGGGGGUUUACAAGUACUUCAGACCUAACCAAGUGCGAAGUCGACACUCCCAGCAGCUUGAGCUAUACGCUAGGAAGCACGGUGUCACCAGAAACAACAUUGACUGUUAUGGCCCACAAGACACCUCAAGUGCAAGAGAAAGUGGGAACAGUAGCAGUAGCGGUGACAAAUGCAGCGACGCAAGUGACGCGGGUCCUCACUGGGACACCAGUUCCAGGGCGAAGGGCCAUGUUUGUUUUGAACGAAGCACCUGCACACACUCUAAAUAGGGUGUCCCAGCAAAAUCAGACAGCCACUAUACAAACAACAAAUCUAGCAUCAAAACCCUUCAUGACACCAAUUGGGCCCAUACAAUUAACUGCAGAAGAAUGCAAUGAGAUAUUAAUGAAGCGUGCUCUGCAAGCCCAAGGCAUUGCAACACCAGUCAUAGAUGCUUCACAGUUGAACCAUACACUAUUGAAUGGGGGCUUGAAGAGCUUAGUGGAGGCAACCCAGCAGCAGAGUCAGGCGGAGACAAUACAAACCACGACACUGCACCAGCACCAUCUUGUGCAUGCCAAACAGGAGCCUGGCACAGCCAAUAACUCUCCUAAAGCCGUAUACUCACAGACAGCUGAUAUGAUGACAAACACUGUGAUGACGGCAGUCAAUACGCCUACGCCGGUGAAGGAGAGACCCUACUCGUGUGAUGAGUGUGGAAAAUCAUUCCUGCUGAAGCAUCAUCUGACGACACACGCUAGGGUGCAUACUGGCGAGAGGCCUCACGUAUGCGGCCACUGCGGAAAGGCGUUUGCAAGGAAGCACUGCCUUAACACACAUCUGUUGCUUCACUCUGCGGACAGGCCCUACCGCUGUCAUGAAUGCAAGAUGGCUUUCACAUUGAAACACCAUCUCGUCACACAUUCUAGGGUGCACAGCCGCGACCGGCCGUUCGUGUGCGGCGAGUGCGGGCGCGGCUUCCCGCUCAAGCGCCACCUGGUGACGCACAGCAAGUACCACGCGGGCGAGCGGCCCUACGUCUGCACCGACUGCGGGGAGAGCUUCGCGCAGAAGGAGCACCUGGUGAUGCACAGCCGGUUCCACGGUUCGCUGUCGCCGUUCGUGUGCCCCGACUGCGGCGUGGCGUUCGCGCGCAAGUUCCAGCUCGUGAACCACGGGCGCGUGCACGGCCGCGUGCCGCACGCCUGCCCCGUAUGCGGCAAGGAGUUCCUGCAGAAGCGCACGCUGGUGGCGCACAUGAAAAUACACACAGGGGACUGUGCGGUUGCAUGCUUAGAGUGCGGCGAGGCAUUCAAAUGCAAGUCAGAGUUACAGCAGCACUGUAAAAUAACGAGGCAUUGUCUGACGCCGUCGCAAACGCACCAACAGCAGCAGCAACAACAGCAACAGCAGCAAGCGCAGCAGCAGGCGCAACAACAAGCGCAGCAGCAAGCGCAACAACAAGCGCAACAACAAGCGCAACAACAAGCGCAGCAACAAGCGCAGCAGCAAGCGCAACAGCAAGCGCAGCAACAAGCACAGCAGCAAGCGACUGUCAUAAAGCAGGAUGACUUCAAACCGCAAAUAGUUCAGGUCAUUGGUGUUGACGGUCAGAUACUAUCCGAGAAGGCAACACCGGGUUAUGUGUGUCCCGAGUGUGGCUCAUGUUUCAAUACAAAGGAGGCGCUGUCUCUGCACGUGCGCCUGCACGCGGGCGACCGCACGUGCGUGACGGACCUGUGCGCGCUGACGGCGGCGCUGCAGCCCGGCCUCGUCGCCGCCAGCGUCGCCAGUGCCACGCAUGCCGCGCACAGUCAGCCAAUACAGAUUAUAUCAUCCAGCAACCCCAACAAUGUAGUUCAUACACAGGUCAUAGCAACGAAUCACCAUGUACCGCCGCGGCCCAAGCUCCACUUUUGUGUCGACUGCGGGAAAGGAUUCGCAGCGAAGCAUGGCUUACUGGCACAUCAUAGAAGACAUCCGGACGGCAGUUGCACGUUGCGCACUCACGUGUGCGACCAGUGCGGCAAGGCGUUCUUCCAGAAGAACCACCUGAUGCUGCAUCAGCGCCAGCACAUGGACCUGCCGCCCAGAUCUGCACAAGCUCAACAACAGGCUACGCAACAAGCGCAACAGCAAGCAGCUCAACAAGCGGCACAGCAAGUCGCGCAACAGGUGCAGCAGCAGGUCCAGCAGCAACAGCAACAGCAACAGCAGCAACACCAGCAGCAUCAGCAGCAAGUGCAGCAUCAGAACACGUUGGAGAUAGAGCAGGAUCAUCAACAACCCACGCACAUACAAGUGGUGACAAAUCGGUCCGGUCAGGUCAUCGGCAACCAGAUAGUAGUGGGCACGGUGGCGGGCCGCCGGACGCUGCUGGGCACGCCGCUGCAGAUCGUGACGCGCGACGGGAAGCCCAUCAACGCGCAGCUCGCGCACAAGCGGCACCACAGUGGAGAUGUGAAGGAAGUGGGAGGCCUGGUGCUGUCAACGGGGCGAGGCACCGGUCUCAUCAAGUACGAGAUCUCGCUCCCACCACCAACGUCCGUAGUGCAAGUGCAACAGCUGGACUGAGCCAAGCCUGAACCAGACGACAUGCUCGUCUGGCAGAAGUGACACUCUGUGAAGUGAAGUGAAGUGAAGUGACAAGUGACAAGUUAGAAAGUGCACUGUAAGCUAGUGUUGCACACAUUGUGUAUCGUCCAAGUGGGUAAAUAUAUCAAAGAACAAUAAAAAUUUGUAUUAAAUCCAGAAAUGAAACUCUACAAAUGAGCUUAUAAGAGUUGUAUGAUAAAUGUUUUAGUCGAUUAGAAUUCUUCCACUAUAAUAAAAUCUUCCUAUAAAAUAAAAGAGUUCUAUUAUAUUUUGGUUCCCUUGCAGAUGAAUUGCAUGAAAAUUUUCAAGUAAAUCAUCUGUUUUGGUGCUACUAUCUGUUUUUGUUUUAGUACAUUUAUGAUAAACCAUUCAUACUUUGUAAUCUUUUUUUCACAAUAUGAAAUGAAUUUUGUGAACUGUUAUAGUUUAUUAAACAGGUUGACGUGAGCCAAUUCUAAAGUAGACUGUGAGAAUCUAAUCUAAUAGAUUUAAUUGUAAAUUUUACAUAAAUGCUUCUCUUGGUUUCCUCAAAUGUAUUGUGUGCACGCUUUUGUACAGUUGAUACACUUCGAGUUCACUCUAAGCAUGAUGCUGUGCUGUGCUUUUAAUGAAAAUGUACAAGCCCGAUUUAAUUAUCUGCUCAGUUUGGCAUCGCACUAGAAGCUUGGUUCAGUGGACUCGAAGUUCGGUUCAGUGGACUCGAAGUUUGGUUUGGUGGACUCGUAGUUUGGUUCAGUGGACUCGAAGUUUGGUUCGGUGGACUCUAAGUUUGGUUCUGUGGACUCUAAGUUCAGUUUGGUGGACUCAAAGUUCAGUUCGGUGGACUCGAGGUUCAGUUCAGUGGACUCAAAGUUUGGUUCGGUGGACUCUAAGUUCUGUUUGGUGCACAUACUAUUACAUAAUUUAAUAGAGAAACAAUCCUAUGCAAAUAAAGCUCUAAUUCAUCAGGCUGAUGUUUAUGUUUAUGUAUAUACUGAUUCUUAUGAGGGUAAUGCUAUGUAUUAUAUGUCGCAAUGACGCACGAAGUCACAGUGCAAGAGAACUACGUACGCAUUACUUUGACUCGUACGUACGCAUUACAGUCUCAACAAUGCAUACAAAGUAACAAAUUAAAUCGCGCGGUAAUAUGUGUGACAUAUCAAAAUCAAAAAUUAAAAUUAUAAAAUAAAUAAAAUUCUCUGCUCUGGUGUAUAAAUUAAGUAAUAGUAUUAGGUAUUCAGCAGUCAGAGAAUAAAGGCUAUUUUUAACCGACUUCCAAAAAGGAGGAGGUUCUACGUUCGGCUGUGUGUAUGUUUUUUUUUUUUUUUUAUGUAUGUCCAGCGAUAAUUCCGUCAUUUGUGGACCGAUUUUGAAUUUUUUUUUUGUUUCGAAGGGUUUGAUUCCAGGGUGGUCCCAUUUUUUUCAUUAAAAAUUAAAAUUAAUUUAUUUUAAUUAUCAUAACUCAAACACUUCUUGAAUGUAUGCGUAUUAGCUUUGUAGCUUUUAAUUUGACUGUAGAAUAUUGCUAUUAUGCAAAACUUGCGGGUAUCUUUUGGCGGGAAGGCUCGAAUAGCUAAAUAGCAGCGGCGAAGAGUCCAACGAGCUGAUUCAUUAUUGUCAUGAAUAUGAUGUAUGUAUGGAUAUAUGAGAAAAUAUAUCACGCGGUUUGAAUUUCCUUUUCAUUGGGUUACCUUCGACAAAAUUCCAACCUUCAGCUGCUGAAUAGAUAUUAUAUUUAUUAUAUUAUAUUAUUCAAACACUGUUUCCCGUCAGAUGUAGUGUUAAAAUGGGUUAGAGUAUGUAACAUAUUGUCAGCAAACACAUUGUGGAAUGUUUUAUAGAGAAAAAUCCUAAAAAACCAUUGCUUAGCCACCAUUUACAGGGAGAUGACAAUUUUUUUUUCUUUUUUUUGUGUAACAUCUAUCAGUGAUCGGUCUCUUGACUAUAAACUGAAUUUUUCAUAGCAGAUAAUGUUUCUAAUUAAAGGGUCACUCCAUUAAGCGACUCUUCGUGUUUGGUCCUUUUUUCGGGUAUUCUCCACCACACAAGUUGACAGAUGACAAUUUAAAAACAACUUUCACACACAAAAUGUAAUAAUAAAAAAAAAAUAUAUAUAAUAAUAAAAUUCUAUUUGUGGUUGAUAUUUCAUUUAAGUUUACCCAACUUAAUUUUUAUUAAUAAUCAGAAACAUAAUAAUACCAAACCAUAAUAACAUGAACCUUAAAAUAAAUGUCAUUAGAUUGACAUUCAAGAGCUUUAUUUGUGUAGUUGACAGCCUUAAAAAUAGAGCCUUAUUGUUUGUUCCUACAAUUGAAUGUAGGUCGUGUUUAGUGUUUAGGGUGGAUGGUUCUACUUAUUCAAUGGCAAUAACUGAUGGUAUAAUUUAUCCAUUAUACUAUUUCAUAUUUUCACAAAUCUGUCAUAUUAAAUAGACCUCAGACCCAUGAACAAAAUAUUUAUUAAUAAUAAUACUGCUAAACCUUUGUCUAUUUAAUAUUCAUGGUGAGACGGGCUAAACUAUGGACAAGGCGUACGGAGCCAUGAUUCAAACUUGACUUUGGUUAAUAAGAAAUAUGCCUCCUGAAAGUUGUCUGACUCGGUUUUACCACACUAUUUCAUGUAUAUUCUCUCUGUGAGAUUGUAAUUUUUUUUUUAUUUUAUAAGGUUAGUUGUUGCUUUAUUUAAAAGAAAAUUAUGAUUUCUGCAGAAUAGAUAUUGGACAUUUAAAAUCAAAUGCUUGUUGGUCAAUUUUCUGGGGGCAUAUUUUUUUUCAGACCAAAAUUUGGAAGGUAGCUUCAAAGGAAGACUUCCAUGUUUCGAUACAUUCAUAAUUUAGUGCGACUCACCAUAAAUAUCACAUACAAUAAGUUUGAGUAAUAUCUUGAAUAAAUAUUGCGUUUCAGGGACCAAGUACUAAAAUAUAGUAUACUGGAUAAAGUUAUAAUUAUCAAACCAUGUGUAUAUAAUAAUAAAUAUAUAAAAAGAGUGAAUAAUGGAUGCUCUAAAAUUUAGAGCAUUCACAGAAAGAGUGAGGGUGUGUAAAAAGACUAUACAUAUUGUAUUCUUUACAUACAAAGUCUUUUUGGUUUUUUUACCUAUGACUAACUAGCUCUCUGAAUUAUAUAAAUUGAAAAUAUAUAGGAUUAUGACAGAUAGACAACUUCCUCCUUUUUAAAAGUUGGUUAAAACACGUUAUCAAUACAACAACAGGCAACAUUCAUUCAGCCAUGUUCAUUUUAUUUAAAAAAAUCUUUAUUUUGUAAUAGUAGAUUGUGAAACUGUUGCAUAAUGACGGUCAUUAAAGCGCGAGUUGCAUUUUAUAAAACGAAUGAAGUGAGUUUUAUAAUAUAGACACGAGUGUUUUAAUGCCAAGUUAUGCACGUUUCAUAGUCUACUUUAUCAAAUCUCAUUAAAUAGGAUCGUAACAAAAUAAAAAAGACACACACAACAGACAUAGCUGUUCGUUCAGCAGUCAAUUUUUGCCUGUUGGUAUACACUUGAAAAAAAUAUUGUAAUAUAAUAUUAGCGCCACUCGAAUUACAUCAUUGAUUUAAAUGGACUUGCCAAUGCACAACUUUAAGCAAUAUGUUAAAAAACAUUUACUUAGUCGAGGUUACUACACUAUUGAUGAGUUCCUUAACGACAAAGGUGCUUGGAGGUCAUUGGAUCAGCUUCCACCUUCACACAGGAAAUGAAACUAUAAGAAAUUGUAAUUUAAUUGUUAUCAAAUGUAAAUUGUAAUACUGUAUGACUUUUUCAAAAGAGCAACUGUUGAGUUUCUUGCCGGUAUCUUCUCAGCAGAACCUGCCUUCCGAACCGGUGGUAGAAUCUUUACAAAUAGUCAACUGACGUGUCAAAAGUGCUUGUAAACUGAGCCUACUUGAAAUAAAUGAAUUUUGAAAUAUAAAUCUAUAUUUUAAGUGCAUUGUUAGCUUUGUAUUUUUAGCUAAAUGACUGAUGUGGAACAAACUCCCCCGGAUAUAUUGAAAAGUGCUACAAACACAACCAUAAAUUUUUUACCUUCUAUUGUCAUGGAAAAGGUACGACAAAUGUUUUCAAGAUUUCAUGAUAUGAAAAGGCCACAUCGUUUUCGGAAAACGUGCUUUAAAAACCAUCACUAUGCAACUGUCUCAUAAUCUACUAUUAUAUUAAACCAAUCAUGUUUUGAAUUGAAAGAGUUUAAAAGAUUCAUGUCAUGUAUAUUCAUCAUCAUCAUCAUCAUCAUCAUCAUCAUAUCAGCCGAUGGACGUCCACUGCAGGACAUAGGCCUUUUGUAGGGACUUCCAAACAUCACGAUACUGAGCCACCUGCAUCCAGCGAAUCCCUGCGACUCGCUUGAUGUCGUCAUGUAUAUUCACACAAAUGAAAAUAUAAUAAAAGACUUUGUAUGUAUAAAAUAUUAUAGUAUGUAUAUUCGUGAUGUACAUUAGUGUUGAUGUAAGGGUACUUUAGGUAUCUAGUUACUAGUGUAAUCUAUUGUACAUAUCAAAAAAAAGUUUUGUAAUACAGCUAUGAAAAUUAAUCAACUCAGUUGGAUCAUACCUUGUAUAUGUUACCGUUAAAUUGUAAAAUACAUUGGUUUAUAAUCUCACUCGUGAUAUUAUAAUCUACCGUCAUAUUGUGAACUGAAAAUACUGAUUACAAUUUAACGUGUUAUUCUCCGGCAUAUUAUAUCUAUCGGAAGUGAAACCGUUAAAUUGCAAUCUUAAAAAGUGAACUGUCCAAACUUGCCCCUGACUGGUCGGCCUUACAGCAGACCGUUCUGUGUCCAUAGAGUUAGGAAUGAAACACAUAUGUCAGUCAAAUAAAAUACUUCAGGAAUUUUCGUGUUCUAUCCUAACACCCAACUUUAGAUUUGACUAAAUUAUACUUAUAAUUAACAAAAAACAACAUUUUAUUAAUGGAAGAACAGUGUUUAAAAAAAUAGGAAACACUGGCCAUCCCUCCAAUUGUUUUUCUUUUUUUUUAAUUUGUCGAUUGUAAUUUAUUACUAUUUUUAUUAUGCCCGCUGUAAUAUUUUUGUAACUCUAUGGUAAAUUUAUCCUGAUUGACAAUUUACCGGUUUCACUUCCGAUAGAUUAUAAUAUACCAAAAUAUAACACGUUAAAUUGUAUUCAGUGUGUUCAGUUCACAAUAUGUCGACAGAUUACAAUAUCGCGAGUGAGAUUAUAAACUAACUUUACGAUUCAACGGUGACAUAUACACAUUUAAGUUUAUUAUUUUCUUUUAUUUUUUAGCUUCUCCAUUCAAUAAUUUUUAUAUUGUGAAAGUACACAGCUUGGCGUUUAAAAACUUUAUCUUCAUAGAAGUACUUCAUACUUUUCAAUUAAUGUUGGUUUUAGAGUAUAUGGUACAGUUAAUGUAUAGUAACAAAGGUACUGGGUUGAUUUUGAUCAUCAGUUUGGGCCAAUUUAUUCAAAUUUUCUAGUCUGAUCGCAGUUUUUCUAUGGUUCCUAUAGGUUUUCAACAACUUUGAUUUUGUGAAUGGAAAUCUUUUUGGCUAUGCUAUAUAAAGCUCAUGCUGCUCAUGUUAGCUCAAUAUGUUGUUUAUUCAUCAUCAUUCAUCAUUAGCAACCCAUAUUCGGCCCACUGAUGAGCACGAGUCUCCUAUCAGAAAGAGAGGCCUUAAUUAGGCCUUAGUCCACUGCGGAUUGGCAGACUUCACACACAAGUAUAUUCUCAGGUAUGCAGGUUUCCUCACGAUGUUUUUCCACACCGUUUGAGACACGUGAUAUUCAAUUUCUUAUAUUGCACACAAUUGAAAAGUUGGAGGCGCAUGCACCAGACCGGAUUCGAAUCUACGCUCUCCGAAUCGAAGGCAGAGAUUUUAUCCACUGGGCUAUCAAUGCCUCGUAUUGUUGUAUCAUUCGCUAAUUCAGCGUCUGAUAUACUCCUAAAGGACAAAAUCAAGAGCUCCGAGCUUUAAGAGCAGUAUGUUUUAAAUUGAAACUUCAUUGUUAUGUGAUAUGAAAAAAUAUAUUUAGCCUAAUAUAAAUGAAUAGUCUGUAAAGAGAACUCGAUAGUGAGAGGUCACUCCUAACAGUCUUUCUGAUUUAAAAGAUAAGGUAAAAAUAUAUUUUUUUUGUAGAAAACCAUUAUACAUCAAAUGAGUACAGUGGAUUUUAUUUUAUGAAAGCGCGAAUAAUGCAGUGGAUUCAAAAAAUCAAAAUCAAAAAUCAAAAAUUCAUUUAUUUCAAGUAGGCUCAGUAUACAAGCACUUUUGAUACGUCAGUUGACUAUUUGUAAAGAUUCUACCACCGGUAUUCAAGCAAUGUGCAAUCAAAAUUAUAGAUUUUAUCAAAGAUCUGACUUUAUUUAUAAUUUAUCACUAAUAUUUGUUUUAUUAUAGAAAAUUUACCACAGUUUUUAUUUUAAUUAUUUUGGCACGCGAUAUAGUAAUUAAAUAGAUUUAUCCAGUUCCUUUAAUGCUUCGCUCUUCCAUUCAUAGUAUGCAAUGUAGAAAUAAAUAACCGAACCGUAGAUGCAAACAUAGGUACUUUUUUUUUCGUGUUGAGUAAGUGCCGAUGGCUCCAUGUGGGACCACUACGGCGUCACCGGGGGGUUUGGGCGAGCGCGCAUAGCGUGAGUUAGAAAACCCACGUCCGGGUGACGUUAGAUAUCGGGGACCUCGUCUUCGCCGGCGAAGACGCUGUGUUGCUUGUGAUUUUGUUGCCCGGGAAGCAUUGUCGGUCGUCAUGUCAUCGUUUGGAUCGUGAAACAUAAGUAUCAAGGUAUCAUAACCGGGUAUUAAAAUGGUUUUCUAUGUUUCGCAACCAUACACCUCGUGUUCUUUCCACCAAGGGCGUAACUACCGCCGUAUCGGCCGUAUCAAUGAUACGGGACGUGACAAAGCAAAAAUCAGUGAAAUGUAAUCCACGAUCACACCGAAUCCGCUGCUUUCCGAAAAAAAACUGCCUUUAGAAGUUUUGUUUCAGUCCAGAAAUGACAAAAGUAUCUAAAAUCUCUUUUUCCCGGGUUAAGCGAGCACCCAAAAAUUUGAAACAUCCCAAAACAUAUAGGUAAAAAGUCACGGUCAUAUUUAUUUUAAGCAAGCAUUUUUGUGAGAAAUUUACCAUUACCAUACCCUUCAAGGCACUCUGCAAAGCGGACUUGAAGUUUUGCUCAUAUUAUACUCCAGUGACAAUACAUAAACUACUAGUAGAAGAUCCGAAUUAGAAACGACCUUCACCCAUUGUUUUAUGGAUGAAUUAGUGAUUUCAAUCGAAUAAAUAAAAGUUUGGUGUCUAGGUAACCUACUGGCAACAUACUUUUUUAACAAAUGUAAGUAAGUUGAACCAAAAUGACUAUUGUCGGUGCAGUUAGGUACAAAUAAAUGUUCUUGUUUCCUGCUCCGUGGUUGCCCGGUAUAAAAUAUUAUGUCAAAUAAUUGAAAAUUCACGCGGUCGUCUAACGUCGUCAGUGUGUUGCUAUGGUUACCGUACAUCGCUAAUACCCGAAAACGUAUUACUAAAGUUCAACUUACAGGCAUCUUAAUAUACUUACUAAAAUUGAUUUAAAACGCUUUAAUUUUUCAUCCCAUAGUCAGAUGGGUGAAGUUCAUUUCUAAUUCGGAUCUUAGACUAUAUGCUUUGGGGGCACUGGCUCAGGCAAAUGUGGCAGUGAAAAAUAUUCUAUAUUUCGCGUGUAAUGUAGGUAUAAAAAAAUUAUUGUCACGUUUGUGACAUGGUUGAAAUUUUUUGUGACAUUGAAAAUGAAAUAGACAAUAUUUUAUUGCGUGUACAAAUGAAUUUGUGACAAAAAUGUCGAUUACUAGUGUGCCACUUAGUUUAAAUAAUCUAUACUAAUAUUAUAAAGCUGAAGAGUUUGUUUGUUUGUUUGAUUGAACGCGCUAAUCUCAGGAACUCCUGGUCCGAUCUCGAAAAUUCUUUCAGUGUUAGAUAGCUCAUUUAUCGAGGAAGGCUAUAGGCUAUAUAUUAUUGCCAUAUUCCAACGGGAACGGGAACCACGCGGGUGAAACCGCGCGGCGUCAGCUAGUGAUUUAAAUAAAGAGCGUUUUAUAUGUGGAAGUUAUGGAGAAGACCAGCUCAUUUCAUUAUUUAUUUAUUUUUUACUUACUUUACGUGGCUUCAUCUUGAGUUGAGAUGCCUAUAUUUUUCUUUACAAAAAAAUUCUGUUAAGUAAUAGGGGUAGCAGGGUAAAGAUUUUAAUUGAGUAUUUGUUUUUUUUUGACCAUGUUUAUUAAAUACAAAAUACUGUCGAAAAUUACAAAAAGAACCCAGACUUACUUAGGGCACUUCAUGAACAGUCAAGCAUGAUGCAACCGGUGAUCAAUAAAAUUAUUAGGUAUUAUGUAUAUUUCUAGAAUUUAGAAAUCCAACACACUGUUUCAAUAAAUAACAAUUUUUAUUCUGUGCUACCUCUGUACUCUUAAUCGUGUAUUUUUAUAAAGAAAAAAGCUAGGCGAUGACGCGGUGUUUGACUGUUGGAUAUCCUUACAGAGCAUUUGUUACUUUCGACCCGCCGUUACUUUUGUACCCGGUCUCCCCUAUGCAACUAGUAAUCGACAAUAUUGUUGUUGCAUACAAUGCAAAGUGCUUCCGUCUUUUAUAAACAUUUAAAAAAAAUACAUAAUACCGUGUGUCCCCGCGUUUCAUUUACACAGUAAAAAAAAAAUAAGUUUAAAAAAAAAAAAUUGUAACACAGACUACGACGUUACAAACUGGUAUACCCUCGUACUCUGUGAUACUGUGUAUGUAUAUUAUUAUUAUAUGUUGGAUUUUUUGAACGUUUUGCCAUUUACUUACCUGUAAAUAUUUAUAGUGGAUAUAUAUAAUUUUUAUAUUAAAUGAAAAUAUACAUACUAUAGUCA